GCCUUCAAGCUGGCGAGGUAAAAGUAUUCAACGGCUAGCUAAUCGGAGCGAAGAAUCUUUUUGAUCAAGUAAUUUAGAAGGAAAGUUCUAUUCAAUUCACAGGCUGGAUUAUCAAUGGGUGGAGAGGUGGGGAGGGCUCCGAAACGAGAGUGGACAGGUGACAUGGCGUUCGAUCAGCAAGCAACCUCUAGUUUAAUGCAGGACAAACAGCUGAAGAGGAUGCUGAAGAGAAAGGUGCAAGAUCUGACUUCUAAAGUUGAGGAGAUGGAGAGGCAAGUUCUCGAAGUGAUGCGGAUGAGGGCAUCCGUCAGGAAGAAUCGUGCUCUUGCUGGUAAAGCUGCCACAGCAGUGGCAGUGUCAGCUGCUGCAGCAGGCAGUACAAUUGCCUUAACGAAUGGAGGACCUGGGUCCAAGGACAAAAAGAACGCAGUACAAGGGAAGGGUGCUCAAAACCCAGCGAAACUUGCAGAGAUCGAUAAAGCAAAGCAGGAAGCAGCAAGGGCAAAGAGAAUGCAAGAUUUGAUACGGCAAUCUGGGAACAUAUUGCGGCAGCUUAUGCAGCACAAGUGGGCAUGGCCUUUUCUAAAGCCAGUUGAUGUUGAAGGGCUGGGUCUCCACGACUACUUUGAUGUGAUCAAGAAGCCCAUGGAUCUUGGGACCAUCCGGGACCGCAUGGAUGCAACAGAUGGUACCCGGUACGAACACCCUCAACAGAUAUGUGAUGAUAUACGGCUUGUUUUCUCAAAUGCAAUGACGUACAAUCAAGAGGGCACGGACGUGUACGUUAUGGCGAGAACCCUUUCUGAGAAAUUCGAAGAAAAGUGGAGAACUUCAUUGGAGCCAAAGCUCAAUGAGGAGGCCAACCGGAGGCGAGAUGAGGAGGCAUUGGACAAGGUGCGGGAAAUGACAGCAAAGAAUGCAGUUGAAGAAGCCGAAGCUGAUAAGCUUGCUGAUAAUGUAGGCCGAGAGUUGGAAGUGAUAGACAAAGAGCUAGAGGACCUGAAGGGGAUGACGAUGAGCAAAUGCAGGCCGAUGACAAUCGAGGAGAAGAGGCAGCUUGGUCAUAAUCUGGGCAAAUUGCCUCCGGACAGGCUAAACAGAGUGAUUCAGAUCAUUGCGCAGAGUAAUCCGAAUUUUGACAUGAAAGGAGACGAAGUUGAGGUUGACAUCGAUGCCCAGACCCCGGGGACUUUGUGGAGGCUCCACAGAUUCGUCCAGAGCUGCUUAAGAGCACCUAGAGUGGCUGGAGCUGCGGCUGGGGGAAUGCACCAGGGUCAUGGACCGAGGGGUGGCGGCACUGGAGGCUCAGAAACAAUGCAGAACGGGAGAGGUGCAGCAGCUUGUGGAAGGGGUGCAGGUCAUCCAGGCAAGAGAGGUGGAGGCUCAUCUGUGGUAGCUCCACAGUGAAUGUAUACCAUAGUGAAUGCACACAUGCCCUGUGAAAGUUGGCAACAGCUAAGGUGGGUACCAAUGUGGGAUAUCUUUGAUGUCAGUUUAUUUAAUAUUGCCUUGAUGUCAUCAUUAUAGGGUGGGGUUGGUCCCAUUGUUGAUGACUACCAUUUUUCAGUCACCUGGUAGUCAACUGCCGGUUACUCAUCUGGGUCUAGCUACCAUGGACUUCACUGUAAUGCGCGCUGUCCGUUAAUGCAGUUCCUCAUACGUAGGCAGUGUGAAACAACCGGUAUGUUUCCCAGCUGUUUUGUUCCUGUGUGGCCGUUAGCUCUCUGGGGCUCGGACUACUGAAAGGAAAUGGCUGGCGGUGCCAGUCAAAAUUGUUUGGUUUCACCCCCACGCUGGUUAGACCAAACACGAUGUAUGGCAGAAAUCGCCAUUGGGAAAAAGAGGCCCAGUAGUACUAUUGGUUUGAACAUCGACGUUGUCAACGUGUGUCACGAUGUGGCCCCAAGUGCCUAUGAUUUAACUGAAAGGGAGGCCUAGAACCAAGUGCUUUUCAUUGUGCAGCGUUCACUAUGUGUGUGCAGUGCGCAGAGAGAGAGAGAGAGAGAGAGAGAGAGAGAGAGAGAGAGAGAGAGAGAGAGAGAGAGAGAGCUCUGUGCAUGUGUGUGUGCGCUUGGAAGCGGGAGUUAGGGCGGGUGCAGUCAAGAUGGGACUUAACUGUAGUAGUAGCUCAGGGCAGAAGUAGCGAGGGCAUGCAGGAAAAUAGCAUAUUGAAUUUUGAAGGAGUUUGUGAAAAUGGAUCGGAAGAUUUAGUCUCAUGGCAGAAUAAGAGAGGGCGCAGUGAAAAACAAUCUAAGUUUGCAAGGAGGGAAUGGAGAAUUUGUCUGAAGAUGGAAGCUGCAGCAGCAAGUUUGUUUUGCAGAUUUUUUGGUGAGGAGAUCUGUGAUAGUUUUUUGGGUGAUUGGAGGACGGAGGCGAAUGCACGACAAAUGUGUUAUGCAAGGCGCAGCAGCAACUCUCUUUUGCGGCAUCUUUUGCCCAGGACAUGAUCUGUGCCCAUUUUUUUGAGAGGUUGGAGCCAGAGAACUGGUGCAAGACAACUGUGAUCAGAGAAUGCAGAAAGAGAAGUAUGCUUGUGGACAGCUUGCCAACAGUGUACCUAUUUUCUGCGAGUCGUCCUCUUUUAGGUAAAGGCAAGGAGAACGGAGGAGAAGAAGUGGCUGAAAUGUGAAAUACGAUUCAGGUGAUCUUUUAGUUUGCCUAUCAUUACUGCUGCAGGGUCAAGUGGGGGUCAUUCGCGCUAACUGUCAAAUUCCUUGUGUGUGAUGUGUUGGCCUAUACCAUCACAUUUUUCCGAAAGCCAUAUUCCCCAUGCAGAUGUUUGUGGAAGCAGGGAAUGACCGCUAUAUCGGUCUCACGCUAUGCACAUAGUUUAUGGCUAUCAAUAAUCAAUCACAAUUGUUUGUAGCUUUCUUGACUACGUAGUCAGAUAGCUUUCUUGACUCAGUUCGAGGAGUCCGUGAGAGAUACGGUCAACAAAGAGGAUGAGGCAAUGCCUUCUAGCAGAAGCUGACCUCAGUCAUGGGUGAAUUCUAUCUGGCUGGAAGUUUUUCUCCAGUUUCGAGCUGAAAGUCCUGGUCCGAAAUGAAAGCUGCAACUCGCGAUCGGCAGAGGGGACUGGAGCGCCCCAGGGCACAGAUUUGACGGCGGGGACCAGUUUUUUUUUUGCGAAGGAAGCCUGGGGACUACCUGGGGAAUACUGGAUAGCAGUCUAUUGCUGGUGGAUACUGGUUAUCUCAGUCAUGAGUGAAUUCUAUCUGGCUGGAAGUUUUUCUCCACUUUCGAGGUAUUUUUCAUUUGUUUGCUAGAGAGGUAUAUGUAGGCAGUGAAGAUUGCAUGGUUAUGAGCACAGGCAGCUGAAAGUCCUGGUCUGAAACGAAAGCUGCGACUCGCGAUUGGCAGAGGGGACUGAAGCGAGCCCCAGGGCACACAUUUGACGACAGGGACCAGUUUUUUUUCUGCAAAGGAAGCCUGGGGAAUACUGGAUAGCAGUCUAUUGCUGGUGGAUAUUGGUUACCUCAUGUGACGUGAAGUGCUGGUUUUGUCUUGGGCCAGCAUUUCUGCAGCAGAAAGGUGCGUGAAGCUGUCUUUUGAUGGGCUGAGGGAUGUUGUCUCAUGAUUCGUCCAUCGGGAGGAAUUGAUUUGCAUCUUGCCUUGCCAUGUCUGAUUGCUGGUUGGGUCCCUGGGCCCAGCAUUUCUGUGGCAGAAAGGCGCUUGAAGCUUGCUUUCUAUGGACUGAGGAAUGUUGUCCCGUGAUUCGUCUAUUAAUAGGGAACGAUUUGCAACUUGCCAUGUUUGUCGGUUGAAGUCUUUGAAGACUGGUUAUUUCUGGAAAGGUGGCUGCAAUAUUCAGCACCAACGCUGCCAAAUGCCAUCAAGUGGUGUUCUGGUACUCCAUGCAUGAACCUCGUAGGAUAGGAGUCGAAGCAGAUGGUUUCUUAAAGCAUGAAAGGUAACAUUAGCCUGGUAGGAUAGGAGCUAACACGGAUGGUUUCUUAAGCAUCAGAAGACAUUGGUUGCCAAGCGCCAAACAGCGUUUUAAGCAGUAUGCAGGAAGAAGAUUUGGAGUUUCAAUAAGUACUAUGAUCAUUUGCUUUUCGUUGGUUUACAGUUUUUACUCCACAUCUGGUAGUUGGCUUAGAAAGAAAAGCAUGCUUUAAUCAAAUGGAUGUGAUGAGGUUAAGCAGGUAUGAGUCUGCAACAUCUGGCACUGCUUCAUCACUCUCGGUGUAGCGCAAGACUUUGAGUGUGUGACCUAUGUAGCAAAGAAGUGUAGAACAAUGUUAUUCUCGCAGCAUGGUAUAAUCACUGUCAGCUUUGCUCCAUCUGAACGGAGGACGUGCCAUUCUGGAUAAUGGAAAGGAAGAGUGUUGGAAUAGGUGGUGUGAUUCAUUGAGUUGGAACUGUUCGAGUGACGUCAAUUCAUUCUCACUGCCCUUCUUUGACGGAAUGUGGCGUUCACAAACUCUGCCGCAUUAUGCCUCUGGUGGAAGGUCUGGUUUAUUUCUAAGCUCUGGUGCGUGAAACAGGUGAGGAAGGAGAGAAGGAGGGAGCUGUGGAAGAGAUGGGCAUGUGGAUUGCUGAGUUGGUUGUCGAGUUACGGUUGCAGGCUUCACCAUGUAGAUUGCUUUCUGGCUGAAGUCUUCCGCUGAAGUGGUCAUCAUAGCUGUGUUUCUCGUCUUCUAUCCACAACAGGUUGACACACUGCUCUAUAUCACAUGCACGCACGUAUUGCUUGUCCCUCCUUCCUCCUGUCCUCCAUCCAUCCAUAGAUUCCAUAAUUCCCCCCUUUCCCUGCUUUCCCCCUCCCUCUGCUCCCUCCCUUUGCUUUUCCUCCCCUACCCUCCCUUCCCUUCCCCCUCUUCCCCACUGUCCUUCGCUCCCUCUUUGUUUUUGCAUUGUCGCUUCCUUCUGCCCUCCCUCCCUUCCUUUGUGUCUUCACUUGCAAUCUCUUUGCUUUUGCAUUGUUGCUUCCGUCUUCCCUCCCUCUCUCCCUGCUUGUCAGUCAACCUUUGGUUCUGCUGCUCUCCAUGCAUCGCUUCCAGUGUCCCUCUUUCUUGGAAUGGUGGUCUUGUUUUUGAAUGAUACUGAGGGUUUGUAGUGCUUGCUGGCAGAGGGAAAGGAAACUAGGUCAUCGUACAUAAAAAAUAUGAUGCUAAGAAAAUUGACUAGUACCUCCACCAGUGUCGGGAAAAUAGGGAAAAGUUGCAGUUUUCCCAAACUCCUAUUUCGGAGGCGGGGCUCGACGAUGGCUGCCAUUGAUAAAUCUGAUCGUCGGCCGUCGUUUCGUUUUGGCCUCCGAAAAGGUUGGAGGCCGACCCGAGGCCUGCUAUUUUCCCAUGCAGCGAAGGUACUGAUGGUCGGCCGUCGUUUCGCUUUGGCCUCGGAUAAGGUUGGAGGCCCCCGAGGCCCGCUAUUUUCCCACGCGGCAGAGGUACUAGUGGUUUGACGAGAAUUUGGCUGUUCCCUUGAUAAAUGAAACUAGGCAGG